AUGAACCGCCAAAAGAGCGAAAGCGACGGGGGAUUGACCACCACCAAAGAGCGAAAGCGAAGCGAGGAGCAGUCGGGCGGCGGCGGUGGCGACAAGACGCCGAGGGAACGGCGCCAGGCAAGCCAUCGGCAGCAGCACAGCGAGUGCGAGAGCGCGGUGGAGGAGAGCGAAGCGGAGGAGGACUGCACCAAAGCGCUGCGAAGCGGAAGCGACAUCGAGUCAGCGGAGGAGAUCAACCUCGGGGUGGAGGAGUGGGAGCGACAGCAGGAGGACGAGGAGGGAGAGCUGUGGGAAGAUGCGGCGGGCGAGAAGGACCAGCAGCAGCAGAAGAAGAAGGUCAAGCUGGCGCGGCUGAUGAAGAUCAAGCCCAAGAUCAUGAGCGGACGAAGGAAGAGCAAGAGGGAGGAAAGAGAGAAGGAGAAAGAGGAAUCAAAGAAGGUGAACGCGAAGAACACCGUUUUACUUCACUCUUCGCCCGUGUAG